AUGCCGCCUAUCAUCCGUCGAGCUCCCUUGUCGGAGCGCAUCAAGGCCUACCUCAACCCAUACGACCUUCUUCUCUGGAUCGCCGAAGAGCUGCACGAGAGCGCUCUGGAUGAAGCUCUGCGCGACUGGGGAAUGCCCAUUGGCGUCACUGCCAAUGUCGUCUUUGCAUGCGCCAGGUGGGGCUUGAAGAAGAACCCCAACGACGACAUCUUUGGCGACUUUGAAUCAAAGAGCGGCUGGUUCUACUGGUUUGUGAGUUCUUCCUCCCUCUCUGUCUCGUGCAUUCUCCGACUGAUCGCCUUCUCUCCAGNNGUCUCAUUCAUCGCACAUUUCCUCGCCUUUGCAUCGCUGUUCAACGCCUUCUAUACCUUCACCCGAUCACGCAAGUACCGCCUCUUCGAGAGCUCCAUCGAACAAGCCCCGUCAACGCCUUCUGCCCGCCGAGUGCGCGUCGACUCUUCUCCUUCAGCCUCGCCGCUCGCAUACUUCUCGUCCAUCAUCUCUUCCAACAACGUCUUCUCACGGCGACACCCCGAUCAGCACAACGACGUCUGGGAGGUCAGCGUCUGGGAUCCCAAGCCCUUUAAUCUCGAAUUAUUUGCUCUCUUCUCGCCCGGCCAUGUCCUUGUCUACUGGCUGUUCCUGCCUACGAGCGCCGCCGAUCCUCGCCCUUCGGUCACUUUCGUCACAACUAUCCUCCUCGCUGCUCUUCUAAGCGUACAACUGCUCUUCUUCAAGAAGUUCUUCGUCCAACAGGCAAAAGACUCGACUCUGAUCCACAAGGAAGUCAUGAACGAGUACGACACCAAGUUUGUGCACCCCAACAUGAACCGCCCGGUGCGCGACGUGGGCACCCAGACAAGAGACACGGCUACAAGCCCUGGCGGAGCAAGAAUCAGGACAAGAGAGGUCGACGUCUACACGCCGCACACUGUCAUCAACAAGGGAUUCAAGGUCAAUCCCAACCCAGCCUACGUCAACCACCUCACGGACGACCCCCGAGCCUUGUACGCCACUUCGCCGACCAAGAAUCUGCCGAGAAGCGUCACGACUCCUUCCCUCCAGCCCACAUUUGGAAGCUAUAGUACAGUUUCAUCAUUCAACACGAACACCAUGUCAUCGUUCGGAGCGACGCACGAGCCGACAGACAUCUUCAACACGCCAGGUAAGGCACUGCCGUUGGCACGCGAGCGAGCGACAAGUCCAUUGAAAAGAGCGGGAGAUGGAGGAAGCUUGGGGGUAUACAGCCAUGCAGCAAGUCCGCUACGCAAGAGUGCGAGCCGGCAGUUGCUUCGGCCAGACGGUAGACCACAAGGAAGUCCGUUGAAGAGGACGGUCAACGAGGAAGGAGGCUUGACAGAGAGAUUUGCCAGGCUGAGCGAUGCGAAGCGCAGGGAUUCAUCAAGGUAUUAG